AUGCGGGUCCCGAAGUCAGACACGGGCAUCCCGUUGAAGCGCACGCGUCACGCAAUAAAAAUAGUUGCACAAAACAAUCGAUACCAUUCAAUCGAUACAUAUCUAAAAAUAGCGACGGGCAUCACUAUUUUUAUUCACGGCAAUAAAACAAAAGGAAUUUCAUUUGAAAAUUAUUUACUUUUUUAUUAUAAUUUAGUAAUGUAAUUUGACUAUUAGUUUAAAUAGUAGAGUUCGAAUAUUUUUGAUUGAAAAUGAUAAGUGAAUUAAAGUUGUUUAUCAAAAAGAGUGUUACUUUAUAUGUGUGCUUGGAAAAGGAUUAAUCUAUACAUGUGUGUGUGUAAAGUGGAAGCGUGUCGUGCGGCGCUGUGGCUGGCGGCGGUGUGCUGGUGCGCGGUGCUGGCGCACGCCGCGCCGGCGCAGCUGUGCACGGCGGGCGCGGAGGACGACCCGCGCGCGGCGCGCUUCUGCCAGGCGCUCAACACCUUCCUCGAGCUGUACGCAGAGGCGGCGGGCGAACAGGUCCCAGAGUACCAAGCGCUCGUUCGAGACUACCCCCAACUCCUGGACUCGGGCAUGAAACGGCAAGACGUGGUGCACUCGUUCCUGCGCUUCGGCCGCCGCUGACCGCCCGCGCCGCCCACCGACCGCACCCGCACACGCCACUGAAUGUAUUAUAUCACCUACGAGUAUAAUGUAAUCGUACACCUUACGUAAACAUUUUGUCCAAAACAUUGGUUUAAACUAAAGAACAUGGACGUAGCCAGCUACCUAUUGAGGUGGGUUAACAAAAAUCUCCUUUAAAAUUUAUUUUAUCAUUUAAAUGACCCUUAUACCAGACCAGUAAAGUAGGCCUUAUCUUAGAGUGCCUUCAGUGGUCGAAAAAUCAUUUUUAAAUGAAAAAAUAAAAGUAAAUAGACAUAAAUCUCCACAUUUACUCAAAUUACUAUUAUUUAUUGAGUUCAUUUUUGCAUGUUAUAAAUUAUUAUGGAUGUUAGAUACCGAUUUAUAUAAGCAAACAAACAAAAUUGUAUUGUUUUUAAAAGAAAAUUCCACUCUAACUUCACUAGAAUUAAAAGGUUACAACUUUAAAAGUAUUAUUUAUUUUUAUAUUUUAAUUUGCCGUCGAAGAAAAUUAUUUCUAAAUUCCAAAUUUUAAAUGUACCUACUCAGUAAUGUGUAAUUAAAACAAAUAAUAACCCCCCGUUAAAGUCCUCCUGGCUACGUCCAUGUCAAAGUUCCUUAAUUAUUAUUAAUAAUGAUUAAUUAUGGUAGGAAUAGGUACGAAUAUCUAGAUAACACUGCGAAAUAAUACGACCCCUCUUUUUUAGGCUACGGAAGUACUUAUCGCUAAAGUAUUAAUAGUCGUAAGAUGUAAACUAUUAUUAAUACUGUCUUGUUGUCAACAAUUCGCGAUUCGUUGGAUAAGAGCAGAAUAUUUAAUAUUAUUAUUAUAUUAUAAUGUUUUAAAUAAAUACGUAUUUGUGACAAGC